AUUCAACGUUUUUGACAAUUAUUUGUAAGUCAGAAGUAAGAGAUAGAUGCUAAAGUGACCAUUAUGUUAAUUACAUAAAAUAAAAAUGUGUUCCUAACAAGUGUACUUGUGAACGUUUGGGUAAUUUGGCGGACAUUUUGAAAAAAAUAAAAAUAAACAUUUUAGGUAACAAAUGAGUUUUAAAAUGCCUCUUAGUGGUGUUCACUCGAUUUGUGAGUAGGAAACAAGUAGUGGGUAACGUUACCUGCAAGCUAAACUGUCUCUUUUUGUUUAAUAUUCCACGAACUAUAAUAUCAUUGCCGUUAGCCGUCCUCAACCUCGUCUUGAAGAAGGCCUCGGCGUAGCGAUAACUUUCGCUUUCGUCAUAUCCGAAGCCAACUUAAUAGUUAGCGUUUAAAUCAAGAUGGAGAAAGAAGGACGCUUCAACUUCAAACUCCUGGUGCCUCCCAGGGUGAAUAGCAGCCAAGUGUUUGCCGAUAAACCUCAAGAAAAUGUUGACAACGGAUCUGAGCUGGGCCCCAGUAAAUAUUUUUUUAAAGACCAAAAUAUGCCUUCUAUCUUCACCAAAAGUGUUGUAAAUCUUACUAAAUCAACCACACAAGAUGGCCUCAAGAUGACAGUAUCAUCAACAGAGAAAGAGGAGAGAGACUGUACUCCUGGUCAGCUUUGUUCUAAAAUGUUUGACGAGGUGGAGAAAAUCAAAUGCUGGAAAGUCAAAGUGGCCUGUGAUGCUGCGCAAAGCGAGAGGAAACUUCAGGAGAACAAAAAAACAAUCGAAACUCAACGCAACGCCAUUCAGGAUUUGCAGUUUCAAAAUGAAAGUCUCAGCGUCAAGCUUGAAGAGCAGUUGAGUGAAAAUGAAGAUUUAAGGAACAAACACAAUGCAACCCGCAACUUGUGUAAUUUGCUGAAAGAAACAUUUGACCGGGCGGCAGACAAAAUGCAAUUAUUUGAAUCUGAGCGAGAGGAGACACACCACCUUCUAAUGGAAAAUGGUGUCAAUGUUCAGAAAAUGAUUGUAGCAUUUGAAGAGCUACGUGGUCAAGCUGAGGAUGAUCAGAAAGCAAUGGAAACUGUUAAAGAGGGUUUGCAAAAAUUCGAAGAGCUCAAGGAAAAAUAUCAGCAAGAAUACACCUUAAAAGAGAAUGAGGUAGCGACACUUCAAGCUAAAGUUGUGGAUAAAGAAGGUGAACUGGAGAAAGUUCAGCGUGACCUCCAUGAUACCCAAAAUCAAUGCACACUGCUGCAGGAGGCCACAACUAAACAACACGAGGACCUGAACUGCUUAAAAAUGGAGCAAGAGUCUCUGCUGGAAAAACUCCACUCAGCAGAGCAGUGCUAUAAACAAAGCGAAACGAGCUUGGAAGCUGUGAUUGCUGAGCUGAAACAAAGCAGAGAAGAGCACGUGCUGAUCCUCAGCAGCAAAGAUUUAAGUUUGCAGGAGGUUCACCGAGUUAAAAAUGAACAAGCCGAGAAGCUCGAGCAAGUUCAGAUAAUCCUUGUGGAGCUUAAGAAUUCAUUAGCCUUUGAGGAGCAAAGGUAUAAGAAGUGCGAGGAAAAACUAACAGAGAAAAACCAAGAACUUGAAAGGACACACAAACUUCUAGGAGAAAUUGAAGAGCAAUGUGCAGGAAAGGAGAAGCAAAUAACACUCCUUCAGAGUGAUUUGAAAAAAAACACAAACUCAACAGACCUUUUAAAGGGACAAGUUGAUGUACUUGAGGUCACAGUGAAAGAUCUCCAAGUGAAGCUUUCAGCAAAAACCAUACAAGCCCAGCAAGCCAUGGGUCAAGCAGAGACUACACGCGCAGAUAACGAAAAGCUCAAGGGAGCUGCUGAAAAGGCAGAAGAGGUUUUCAGGGAGAAGCAACGCAUUACUGAGAGCAAAGUACUUGAGCUGGAAGAAAAGUUGUUCAAUGAAAUGAAGAAAACAGAAGAGUACAGCUCUGAAAUAGUAAAACUUAAUACAGAACUUGCACAGAAUCAAGUCAAGUAUGAAGAGUUGCUGUCUAAAUGUAAUGAGGUUGAAUGUGAAAAACAGUCAUUUGAGCAGCAGUUUGAGAGCAAGUCAUCUAAAAUAGAAACCAUUAAAGAAAAAAUGAAGGUGAGUGAGGAGAAGAUUGUGACCCUCUCAAAGGAAAUUCAGGCUUUGACGGAGGAAAACCAGUGUUUAAGGAUAGAAGUCUCUACGAUGCAAAGCCUAACUCAAGGACAGUGUCAAGAGAUUGAGAAGUUGCUUAAAAAAAUGGAAGAUAAAUAUGAGGAUUUGCAGGAGAAGGUCAAACAAGCAGAACGGCAGCUGAAAGCUGCAGAAGCAAAGUGCUCCUCCGUCAAGAACAAAAUUGGGUGUUAUCGUAAAGCAGGCGAAUACCAGAAGGAGGUUAAAACGCUUAAGAUCCAAAUAGAAAAAGAGUUGGGGAGAAACAUUCAGCUUGAAAAAAAGAUGACCAGUCUGAACGAGGAGUCGCGCAUUAUGAAAAUAAAGCUUGAGGAAAAAAUACAGAAGCUGCAUGAAGAGUUUCAAGCUAAGUCUUCACUUGCAGAUGAGCUUGACAAUGAGAUAAAAGAGCUGCGAUUAACAACAGCUGAAGCUGUGAAGAGCAAAGAGGACGCUGAGCUCAAUUGUGAACACAAAACAGCAGAUGUGGUCGCACUGAUGGAAAAACACAAAAGCCAAUAUGACCUCGCGGUCAAGGAAAAGGAUGCAGAACUUGACGAAAGGAAGAAAAGUGAAACAGAGGCGCUCGGCAGCAGGAAGUCACUGGAGCUCGAGGUCACCAACCUUAAGGCAGAAAACAGUCAACUGAAGCAGCAACUCCUGACUGAGAAGGAUAAUUUUCAGAAGGAGUUAAGUGAUGUGAAGAAGGAAUUGUCAUCAUUUAAAACAGAUCAGCUGUCCCAACAAAGGAACAAAUUGGAAAGUGCUGUCAACACAAAUGAAAAAGGGAGGGCUUCUAAGAAAUACGUGUUUGACUUUGAUCACACCAAGGAUACCUUUCAGAAGGAGUUAAGUGAUGUUAAGAAGGAAUUGUCAUCGCUUAAAUCAUCUUUGUCUUCCCAAGAAACCAACAAAACGGUCAGUGCCAUCAACACCAAUAAUAAAGGGAGACACACGGAUACACCAAAAACUAGAGCUGCAAAGAUGAACGUGUUUGACUUCGUUAAGGAAUUAGACUUUGAAUCCUCAAGCCCAUCAAGUAAAAGAACACAGAAGAACAAGCUCAAGGACCUCCGUCUUGAAGACUUUGCUACACCGACAAGUAGGACAAAGAGGGCUGGAAAGGCAGACAAAAUCCAAAGCUUCAGAAUAAGGACGCCCCCUGUUGCUGAAAAGCAAGACAGAUGGGGGAAGAGACCCAUGGAGGUGAAGCCCAAGACUUACAGCCCUGAUCCAAACAAUAUUUUGAGUUUUGAAACCACGUCGGCAACCCAUCGCUCUAUUCCAUCGUUUAAAUCUAACAGAUUCAAAAAGAGCCCCUCAUCCAUUAAGCCACCCGCAAACUCAAAGUUCGCGGCCAUGAAGAGGAUUCGUGAUGCUGGCUGGACCGCUACUGUUGACACUGACAAAAAAAGGAAAAAGACUCGCGACAUCUUUGCAUAAGUUUGCAGGGGAAAAACUAUAAGACACAGUUCUCUGUUCUAACUUUAAUGAGCAAAUAUCUUUGGUGGUAAUGGGAAAAUAACGGUGUUAUAAGUGAAGCGGUGAGUAAAGCGGUUCAGGGUGUAUUGCCAUAAGCAUAGGAGUAAAAAAAAUUACAGUAAUUUAGGUUGUAGUAGUAGAAGUCAAAGAUUGGGAGUGUAAAGGUCAUAGUUUUAUUGUGUAGCAGCCAUUGUUUGAUGUUGUGGUCAUAAUUUGAAAUAUCCAGAAUGUAUGCUGUUGCAAUAGUUUGCUAUUGUAUUAUUAUUACAUACUGUUAGUCAAUAUUGAAGUAAUGAUAGUAGUGUGCAAAGACUGGGAUUCACAAUAGUGUAUUUUACUACUCGUUAUUUCUGUGAUUAUUUGCAUGCGUUCAGAGUUCGGUAAAUAAACAAAACAAACUGUCCAAAUUUGUGUAAUCAAAUGUGAACUGUACACCUCUCAAGUUCAGUGAGAGAAAUCAAAGAAGGAAUGCAAAACUGAAGACAAAAAAAAAAAUGUUGAAUAGCAUGAAAAGCUGACAAUAAAUGAAA